GGCUCAGCUGUGACACUGGGAGCCACAGGAUGGACCUUGAGCAAACUGUUGCUGCCUUGCUGUCAAAAAACCAACAACUCAGACAGGAAAAUGAUCAGUUAAAGUCUAUGCUGACUGUAGUCAAGGAAAACAUAGACCUUAAAGCCAGGAUGCACAGCUUUAACAGCGAUACUCUGGAGGAAAUAACAGUUUGCUCACCCUCAGGAAGACAACCAUCCUGUCUGUGGCAAAACACCUUUGAUGAGAGACAGUUCAGAAAAGACCUGUCUCAAACCAAACUCAAACAAGAACACCGAACCUCAUCCCCCAUCAACUUCAAGUCUUUCAUCCAAAGCUCGGUGCACACAGACACGAGUGAGAAAGCAGAGUUUCAGAGCUGCCAGGCUGAUAUUCCUCUUGAGGUCAAAGGCCCAGACAGGCUGCUGGGAGAGAUUGCCUACCAACUGGAUAGGAGAAUUCUGUCCCACAUAUUCCAGGGCCAGAAGAGGCUUUAUGGUUUCACACUGCUCAAUAUACCAGACAAGAUCAUAGAGGUAACUACCCACCCACUGACAGGGAAGGUAGAUGAAGGCUAUCGGCUUCUUCUCACUCAGAGGCAUGCCGACCUUAUGGACAGGCUGAACCAGCUUGGGUAUAAAACACUACUUCACCCUCAUUUCUCUGAAUUUAUUGUCAACACCUAUGGGAUCCUGAGGGAGAGGCCUGGUGAAGACAGCACCCAGUCAGUGGACUUCAAUAAUCCAGACUUUCUGAGGAAGAUGAUAAUGACCACAGCACCAACAAAACUUCAGAAGGACCUGCUGCUUCUGCUCACCUGCCUCUGCAACAUGGCCAAGAGGGACAGAAAGCCUCUCCUUCUCUGGUAGAUGUGAUUGCAUCCAAAGACACACCAUUGGAAAGCUUACACUUUCCCCAAAUUGGCAAUAAACGCACAUAAAAACAUAUCACAUGAUAA